GCUGCCAGGGGACACAGACCCAGAGCCAGGGCUGCAAGAAGGCACCUGACGGCGGAGCCCACGGAGCAGAACCAGCCCCCGGCCAAGAAGCUCAAGAGCAACGGCAGACCCCCGGGCCACCCUGCGACAGUCCCCACGCCCCCCACCAGCCAAACAGGACCCUCGAAGGAUGGCCGACGCCCAGACCCAGCUGGCUCCCUCCCCAGUCAUCCCCACGGCGACGGCACAGGACCUGCCCCUCCCCCCGCCCCCAGCCCCGGAGGACCUGCCGCUGCCGCCUCCCAAGGAGUCCUUCUCCAAGUUCCACCAGCAGCGGCAGGCGAGCGAACUGCGCCGGCUCUACCGGCACAUCCACCCCGAGCUCCGCAAGAACCUGGCCGAGGCCGUGGCUGAGGAUCUGGCCGAAGUCCUCGGUUCCGAGGAGCCCACGGAGGGCGACGUCCAGUGCAUGCGCUGGAUCUUUGAGAACUGGCGGCUGGAUGCCAUCGGAGAGCAUGAGAAGCCGGCUGCCAGAGAGCCCGUGCAGGGCGGCGACGUCCAGGCCACUUCCCGCAAGUUUGAAGAAGGCUCCUUCGCCAACAGCACGGACCGGGAGCCAGCCGAACCCCGGCCGGCCGGAGGGGACGUGCGCGCAGCCCGCCGGCUGUUUGAGACAAAGCCGCUGGGUGAGCUGGGCCAGGCCGAGGCCCUGGGGGCUGCCGUGAGGGAGCCUGCGGCCAGCGGGGACGUGCAGGGCACCAGGAUGCUCUUUGAGACCCGGCCGCUGGACCGCCUGGGCUCCCGCCCCUCCACCCAGGAACAGAGCCCCUUGGAGCUGCGCUCAGAGAUCCAGGAGCUGAAGGGUGACGUGAAGAAGACGGUGAAGCUGUUCCAAACAGAGCCGCUGUGUGCCAUCCAGGACUCCGAGGGCGCCAUCCACGAGGUCAAGGCCGCGUGCCGGGAGGAGAUCCAAAGCAACGCGGUGAGGACCGCCCGCUGGCUCUUUGAGACCAGGCCGCUGGAUGCCAUCAACCGGGACCCCAGCCAGGUGCGGGUGAUCCGGGGGAUCUCCCUGGAGGAGGGGGCCCGGCCCGACGUCAGUGCCACGCGCUGGAUCUUUGAGACACAGCCUCUGGAUGCCAUCCGGGAGAUCGAGGUAGAUGAGAAGGACUUCCAGCCGUCCCCGGACCUCGUCCCCCCUGGUCCAGAUGUGCAGCAGCAGCGGCAUCUGUUUGAGACCCGAGCGCUGGACACCCUGAAGGGAGAGGAGGAGCCCGGAGCAGAGGCUCCGCCCAAGGAAGAAGUGGUCCCUGGCGACGUCCGCUCCACCCUGUGGCUAUUUGAGACGAAGCCCCUGGACACUCCCAGAGGCAAGGUGCAAGUGGGCCACCUGCAGCGGGUGGGGCCCCAGCAGGGGGAGGGGCUCCUGCAUGAGCCCCCCUCUCAGAGAGCCCCCCUGGAGGACGGUGUGAAGGGGGACGUGAAGACCUUCAAGAACCUUUUUGAGACCCUUCCCUUGGAUAGCAUUGGGCAGGGCGAGCCUUCCACCCUUGGCAAUGAGAGCAGAGCCGAAACUGGGCAGUCCCAGGCCACAGGGUCCCCAGUGUACGCCAUGCAGGACAGCAGGGGCCACCUUCACGCCCUCACCUCUGUCAGCAGGGAGCAGGUAGUCGGGGGUGAUGUGCGAGGCUACAGGUGGAUGUUUGAGACGCAGCCGCUGGACCGACUCGGCCGCAGCCCCAGCACCGUUGACGUGGUGCGGGGUAUCACCCGGCAGGAAGUGGUGGCCGGGGACGUCGGCACGGCUCGCUGGCUCUUUGAGACUCAGCCCUUGGAGAUGAUCCACCAGCGGGAGCAGCAGGAGCGACAGGAAGAGGAGGGGCAGAGGCAGGAAGGCCCCCGGCCCGAGGCACCCCCGAAAGGUGACGUGCAGACCAUCCGAUGGUUGUUUGAGACAUGCCCCAUGAGCGAGCUGGCGGAGAAGCAAGGCUUGGAAGUCCCAGAUCCCACGGCCCAGGCUGAGGCACGGUCCUGCACCUGGAUGUUCAAGCCCCAGCCCCUGGACAAGGCAGAGGGCUCCAGGGAGCAGCAUCUACAGGUCAGCCAGGUCCAGGCUGGGGAGAGGCACACGGACGGACAUGUCUUCGAGACGGAGCCGCUGCCGGCCUCAGGCCGUCCCUGCGGAAGGGGGCCCGUGAGAUACUGCAGCCGGGUGGAGAUCCCUUCAGGGCAGGUGUCUCGGCAGAAGGAGGUUUUCCAAGCGCUGGAGGCAGGCAAGGGUGAAGAGCAAACAUCCCGGGUCCCUGCUGAGCCCAUCCCCGCAGGCUCGGUGCACAAGUUCACCUGGCUCUUUGAGAACUGCCCCAUGGGCUCCCUGGCAGCUGAGAGCAUCCGAGGGGGCAACCUGCAGGAAGAGCAGCCCGCGAGUCCCUCGGGCAACGGGAUGCCCGAGAGGCAGGAGACUGCAGCCGAGGGGACCCUGCGGGCUCUGCACGCCACGCCCGGCAUCCUGCACCAUGGAGGGAUCCUCAUGGAGUCUCGAGGCCCGGGUGAGCUCUGCCUCGCCAAGUACGUGCUCCCAGGCCCAGGACAGGGCCGCCCCUACAUCCGGAAGGAGGAGCUGGUGGCUGGUGAGCUUCCCAGGAUUGUCCGCCAAGUGCUACGCCGGCCAGACGUGGACCAGCAGGGGCUGCUGGUGCAGGAGGACCCAGCUGGGCAGCUGCAGCUCCAGCCACUGAGGUUGCCAGCUCCGGGCAGCAGUGGGAGUACUGAAGACAUGGACCCCAAGCUCCAGCAGCUGCUGGCUUGCAGCCUUGGCACCUCCAUGAUGAGGACGGGACUGGUGAUGCAGGAGACAGAGCAGGGCCUGGUGGCACUCACCGCCUAUUCCCUCCAGCCCCAGCUAAGCAGCAGGGCCCCCGAGAGGAGCAGUGUGCAGCUGCUGGCCAGCUGCAUAGACAAAGGAGACCUCAGUGGCCUGCACAGUCUGCGGUGGGAGCCACCAGCGGACCCAAGUGCGGUGCCCGCCAGCGAGGGGGCCCAGGGGCCGCCCCCAACAGAGAGCAUCAUCCACGUUCCCCCACUGGACCCUGGCAUGGGGAUGGGGCAUCUGAGAGGCCCGGGGGCCACCCCCAGCCCACCUCAGGCCACUGCGAAGACCACCCCUCUGGCUGGGAAGGCUGCAGCCCCAACUUCACCGAAGGUCACAGAAGAGCAGAGAAACAGACACACUGGGCACAGGGGGGUGGCAGCCGUGGCAGAGGCAGAAGGAGCCACGGCCACUCCUCCAGGCCCUGGGGCCCCAGACCUCCAGGCCGCCAUGCAGAGCCUGCGGAUGGCAACAGCCGAGGCCCAAAGCCUGCACCAGCAAGUCCUGAACAGGCACAAGCAGGGCUCUGCCCCCACAGCCACUCCCAUGCCCGUCCAGGAUGGCCUGCAAGCACCAGCCUCCGCCACUGGCGCUCCCCACAGCAACACCAGGCCUGUGGCUGGAGGUGACCCCAGGAUCCCAGCAGCCCCCAGAAAGGUCAGUGGGGAAGAGAAAGCACUGCCCAGAGGGCUGCCUGGGGGGUGGGGAAGGAUUCAGGAUGGCAUCUACACCGCUCACCCUGUGCGGACCUGCGAGCCACCCAGGGUCGUCCAGCCUCCCAAGGAGCACCCCCAGCCCGGGGUCAGGGAGACUGCCCUCAGGGCCCAGCCUCCCAACCCACUCGAGAGAGGCCCAGCUCAGAUUCUUGAGCCACAGCACGAGGAGCCAGAGGGCCACACACAGAGGGCCAGGGGGCCUCCGGGGAAGGUCACGGCACAAGUUUCCCUGGGAGGCCUCCAAGCUCCAGAGAACGCCCUGAAGACUGCCCCUCUAGCCCGCCACACCCUGGCCUCUGGGCCCCAGGCUACAGGUGCCAGCCUGUACUCCCAUAAUGCCUCUGUUCCUCCCCCUCCUGCUCUCCCAGCUGCUGUGACAGGACCUGCCUUCCCAGCCCGAGCCCGUCCGGAGGAGGACUCCAUCCAGCAGGCCUCUGAGCCCCUGCCGGACCCCCUUCUUCACUCCCACAGCAGCCCUGCCGGCCAGAGAGACCCUGGGGGGUCGCAGACAGAGACCCCCAGACCGGAGCCUCCACGGAAGAAGCCUCAGGUGCCCCCCAAACCUGCGUACCUGGCCCAGAUGCACCCCCCUCGGAGGCUGCCCAUGCCCUCGGCUCCAUCCCACAGCUCCUCCUCAGAGCCAGAGCAAGGAAACAGACAAGGUGAGCCGGGGACAGCCAUCCUCCCAGCGACCCAGGUUCCCGCGACCACGACAGGCCAGGGCGGGAGGCCUCUCCCUGGAUGCCCCCAGGGACACAGCCAGCCCAGCCCUGUACAUGGCUUCCCCACCAUGGCCUCCAGGCCCAGCAAGAGUCAGGCUGUGAGAAGCAAUGCCCAGAGCCCUGAGCCCCCUAAGCUCAACGUUCUCAACUGUGACCUCAAGCCACCGCAACAGGGCUCCAGUCCUCCAGGAAGGCAGCCCCGUGGAGACGCCAACCUGGGGACCCCUGAGAGCCCUGAGGCUCCACGGGGAAGCCAGCAGGAGCUCCAAGGCCUCCUGAGUCAGGUGCGAGCCCUGGAGGAAGAGGCUGCAAGCAGUGUGGAUGUGCAGGCCCUGCGGAGGCUCUUUGAGGCUGUGCCCCAGCUGGCAGGGACCGCCCCGCAGGCUCCUGCCGCCCCCCGCACGCCCGAGGCCUCGGUGGAGCAGGCCUUCGGGGAGCUGACACGGGUUAGCACAGAGGUUGCCCGGCUGAAAGAACAGACCCUGGCCAGGCUGCUGGACAUCGAAGAAGCUGUGCACAAGGCCCUUAGCUCCAUGUCAAGCCUCCAGCCAGAAGCUAACUCUACGGGCCAUACCCAGGGACCCCAGGAGGGCCACAGUGCCCACAAGGUCAAUGUCACGGCCAGCAGCAGAGCCAGGCCCAGUGGCUCUGGGAGUCAAAUUGUAACAAAGAGCCAAGCACGGGUUGCAGGCCACCCUGAGGCCAAGGGCCAAGCUGAGCUCAGAAAUCAGACAGAGGCCAGAGGUCGAGCAGCCUCCACCGUCCCUCCUACCAGGAGGCCGGAGACAUCGAGAGACGAUUCGGGCCUCCCUCGAGUCCUGCCUUCCAGCAGAAAUUCACCCUCCUCCCCAACCUUCAUCUCCAUCCAGUCAGCCACCAGGAAGCUUCCGGACACUUGCAACCCUAAGGACAGCCCUGAUGUCGCAGGGAAAAGCGCACGCUCAUCUCAGGACUUGGGCCAGGCCGAGGCUAGGAAGGAGGUCAGCCAGUGCCCCGGACAGCCCAGGCCUGCGCCGGCCUCAGCCAGCCCUCUGUCCACGGGGCGGCAGAAGACCGUGCUGGAGCUGCAGACGGGGCCGGGCGGCUCCCAGCACUACGGAGCCACGAGAACCGUGACAGAGCAGUAUGAGGAGGUGGACCAGUUUGGAAACACCGUCCUCGCCUCCUCCACCACUGUCACGGAGCAGGCAGAGCCGCCCAGAGGUCCAGGCUCCCAUGCGGGGCGCCACGCCUCCCCCCUGCUGCGGCACUUCCUGCACAGCCCUGCUGGGUUCAGCAGUGGUCUGGCAGAGGCCGACAUGGCCUGGGUGCCCCGCAGCCCCUCCCAGCCAGCUGCCCAAUGAGCCCCUGUUUCCAUGACAGCCUCCUGCUUGUCAUGGGGUGUCACUGUCCAGGGCCCAAGGACUGAGGCAGCUGCCUACCUCCAGCACACACAGGGUGAGGCCAAGGAGAAAGGACUGCUGGGGGCCACUUGCUCGUGUGGCUUCCAUUCUUGCAAAAGGGGGAAGAAAGGCUGGGAAGAGGCCCACUGAGCAGGGCAGGCUGCAUGUGGAGGGUAUGCUAUGUACAGACACGCACACGUACCCCACCCAGGCCUGGCCCAUGCACCGACACGCGUGAGUUUGCACACCGCUGCCAGAGUAGAAGCCCCCACACUCAGCCUUUACUUCUCCUGUUAGGAGUCUCACUGUUCUCAGCCAUCUGCUCUCAGUCCCUGGAGAGGACCCGGGCCAAAUGCACACAGCACCAGUCUCUGUUUGGGAUUGGUCCGAGGGCUCCGCAAGGCCCUGGCUGCCAGCCCCUCCAUCCCCAUCACUCAGCUGCUACCCCAAGGUCACCCAACAAGGGUCAGCAAUCAGCAGCAUCCCCGGAAGCCCAGUGCACACUGCCUGCCUGUGCCCCUCACUGCCUCCCACUCUGCACCCCAAAUGGAAGGCUACAGUCUGAAUAAACUCAUUUUAUUCUCCA